ACAGGUGGAGCUUUGGGCGCCUUGCUCCUAACGGCAUGGCCCUGCCUUGCAGGGUUGUUGGGGCUGCCCCGCUGAAGCCCUGAAGUCUGCUUUCUCGUCAUUAUGAGCGAGUUUCGGAUUCAUCACGACGUGAACGAGCUUCUCAGCCUGCUGCGAGUGCGGGGCAGCGGCGAAGGGGCGGAGGUCUACAUCGACCUGCUCCAGAAGAACCGCGCCCCUUAUCUCACCACCACCGCCUCAGCCCUCGGAGCCAAGGUUAAAAUUGCAGAGUUUUCACGGACUCCAGAAGAUUUCUUAAACAAAUAUGAUGAACUGAAAUCGAAGAACACAAGACAUCUUGACUCACUUGUGUGUUUGCUGUCCAAGCUUACAGAAGACAAAGAGACUUUACAAUACUUACAACAGAAUGCAAAGGAAAGGGCAGAACUUGCAGCAAGUGCAGCAGCCAGUAACAGUGGUAGCAGCAGCCUCACUUUCUCUGUCCCCUCAACAACUUCCAAAAUGACUGUUCAAGAACUGGAGGAGUUACGGAAACAAUUGGGCACUGUGACAACUGGCUCCAGCUCACAGCAGCCUCUUGAACUUAUACGAAAGGCACUCCGAGAAAAGCAGAACAAGAAAAAUUCUGGCCAGCCUAUCCCGUCAUUCCCUUCCUGGGUGUAUGAGAGACCAGCUCUUAUUGGAGACUUUCUCUCUGGCUCUAGUUUAAGUACAGAUACAACUGUGCCAAUAGGUACAUUACCAUUGGCAGCCCAAGAGUCUGCAGUUGUAGAAGACCUGCUGUAUGUUUUGAUAGGUGUGGAUGGCAGAUACAUCACAGCACAACCCCUUGUUGGUAGAGAGACUCGCACUUUUCUAGUGGAUCCCAAUCUAGAUAUGUCUGUUAAGGAAUUGGUCACUAGAAUCCUCCCUGUUGCUGCAAGUUACUCCAUAAUAUCCAGGUUUGUAGAAGAGAAAUCUUCCUUUGAAUAUGGACAAGUAAAUCAUGCAUUGGCAGCAGCAAUGAGGACCCUCGUUAAAGAGUACAUGAUCCUGAUAACCCAACUGGAACAUCUCCAGCGCCAAGGACUCCUCUCACUGCAGAAGCUUUGGUUUUAUAUUCAGCCCACAAUGAGGACAAUGGAAAUCUUGGCUUCUCUUGCUACUUCGAUAGACAAGGGCGAGUCCAUGGGAGGUUCAACCCUCAGCCUGCUCCAUGACAAAACAUUCAAUUACACAGGGGACAGCCAAGCCCAGGAGCUGUGCCUCUAUUUAACCAAAGCUGCCAGUGUUCCAUACUUUGAGAUAUUGGAGAAGUGGAUCUACAGAGGCAUUAUCAACGAUCCUUAUAGGUACCCUGAGGAAUCAUGUUCUUUUUUCUUUUGGGUAUCAUUUGUGGUAUUGUUGGGAGGCGAGAUUGACUUGAUGCCACAUGAUCUCAUAACACAGCUCCUGCGAGUUCUGGCCAUUGAGACAAAGCAGGAAAAGGCCAUAAUCAAUGCUGAUCCAACAGAGCUCUCUCUGAGUGGCCUGGAAGCAUUUUCUUUUGAUUACAUUGUGAAAUGGCCAUUGUCUCUCAUCAUCAACAGAAAAGCCUUAACACGGUACCAGAUGCUCUUCAGACACAUGUUUUACUGUAAACAUGUGGAGCGGCAGCUGUGCAAUGUCUGGAUCAGCAGCAAAACAGCUAAGCAGUGUUCCCUACAUUCAUCAAAAUGGUUUGCGGGUGCUUUUACUCUGCGUCAGCGGAUGCUCAAUUUUGUGCAGAAUAUCCAAUACUAUAUGAUGUUUGAAGUGAUGGAACCCACAUGGCAUAUUUUGGAGAAGAAUCUGAAGUUGGCCUCCAAUAUUGAUGACGUCUUGAGCCACCACACAAGCUUCUUGGAUAAUUGCUUGAAGGAUUGCAUGCUUACCAAUCCAGAGUUACUAAAGAUUUUUUCCAAGCUGAUGUCUGUGUGUGUUAUGUUCACCAAUUGCAUGCAGAGAUUUUCCCACAGCAUGAAGCUAGAUAAGGAAAUGGACCGCCUCACUGUAGAGCAUGGGACUAUGAGAGGCCCACCCACUAAACAGGAAAGAGUAGAAGAAUCCGCAAAGAAGCAGCUUGCUAAUAAGUUUUUAGCAGAGCAGGCAGACUCCUUACAUGUAAGUUCUGGCUUUGAGGCAACAAUAAACAAGUUUGACAGCAAUUUCUCUGCACAUCUUCUGGACCUCCUGGACAAACUGAGCAUUUACAGUACCAAUGAAUGUGAACACAGCAUGAUCAAUAUCAUUUACAGAUUGGACUUCAACGGUUUCUACACAGAACGACUGGAGCAUAUGUCUGCAGAAAGGAGCCAGAAGACUGUUUUGCAAGUUGCUCCUCCUCCCAGGGUUGCUGUCCCCACUCAGUGAAAGGCCUGGUUUUUGGGAAAGUAAUUUUCCCAAAGAAAAGUGGGAAGAGUUAGGGGCCAAGUCGAGAACAACAUGGCUUCAUCAACACUUAUGCCACACAAAAAUUGGUUUCAUCAACUUAUGUCGCACAAAAGUUGAGGAACAGCAGUGGAAGUAUAAAAUACAAACUCUAGCAACAAUAGUGUAUAUAAAGGAUUGUGACUCUGAAUGCUUCUAUAUUUUUAAAUCCAAGCAUUUAAAUUCAAAAUUUUCUGUAUUGUAAGUAAAAACUAGUGUUUCUAAGUGGCAUCUUUGUUCUUUAAAAAUGUACUUUUAUAUGUUUAAGUCCUAAUUGUGUCAGUGACUGCUCAAUUCAGUCAAGAAAUAAGAUGCCAACUAUUUUGAGCAGAUAUUAACAAUUUGGAGUAGAAUCAGUAAUAUUACAUGAACUUUCAUGGACAUUGUUCACUGCUACUAGCCAACUCAUUUUAGUAUUUGCACUUUUGCCAAGAUCUUAACCAUCUUCUGUUGUGUACACUCCAUUCAGAUAAAGUUUCAUUAAACGUAAUCAAUUUCA